GACUCCCAUUAGCCAUAGGACUGUUCAAACCAUAAAUCUUUCCACCAAUGAGGACCAUAUCACAGCAACAAAAAAGCCCCACCACCUCUCCCCACCUUCCUCUCACCCUCCACAGCACACUAUUAUAAAUAACUGCAUCAGCUUGCCUUGGGAUAAUUGGAGCCCUCUUGGAAGGGGAGGUUUACCUUGUUCUGUUGGUUGUGAGCUUUCCAAGGGAUCCUCUUCUGCUGAGGCAGAGGAAAGAAGGUGUUAUUGUGUGAAGCAAGAGGCAUGGACAUUCAGACAGGUCAUACUUCCAAGGGGGAUUCCCUGCAUGCUGGAGUCUUUGUUGAUUGGAAAGGAAAACCAUGCAAGCCCAACAAGCAUGGUGGCAUGAGAGCUGCUGUCUUUGUGCUAGCCAUUCAAGCAUUUGAGAUCAUGGCAAUUGCUGCAGUUGGGAACAACCUCAUCACAUAUGUCUUCAAUGAUAUGCAUUUUCCUUUGUCCAAAUCAGCCAACAUAGUGACCAACUUCAUAGGCACUGUCUUCCUGCUGUCUCUGUUUGGUGGAUUCCUCUCAGAUUCUUAUCUGGGGAGCUUCUGGACCAUGCUGGUUUUUGGAUUUGUGGAACUAUCAGGAUUCAUACUUUUAUCAGUCCAAGCACAUCUGCCACAGCUGAGGCCACCACCAUGCAACAUGAUAUCCAAGGAAGAGCAGUGCAUGGAGGCCAAAGGCUUCAAGGCCACCAUCUUCUUUCUUGCUCUCUACUUGGUGGCCUUGGGAAGUGGUUGCCUGAAGCCUAACAUGAUCUCCCAUGGAGCUGACCAGUUCAGGAAAGAAGACCCAUGUCACUCCAAGAAGCUCUCCACUUACUUCAACACAGCCUACUUCAGCUUCUGUGUAGGGGAGCUCAUUGCUCUCACUGUCCUUGUUUGGGUGCAGACAAGGUCAGGGAUGGAUGUGGGCUUUGGUGUAUCAGCAGGUGCCAUGGCAAUGGGGCUUGCCAUCUUAAUCUCUGGUGCCUUUUUCUACAGGAAUAAGCCCCCCCAAGGCAGCAUCUUUACUCCAAUUGCCAGGGUCUUCGUAGCUGCAUUCACCAAGAGAAAGCAAGUCUGCCCAUCUAAUUCUAGUGAUGUUGAACCCUCUUCUUCAUAUGUGGGCAACCUUCCACGUACCAACAAGUUGAGGUUCUUGGACAAAGCCUGCAUCGAAGCUCGGGAUGGCAGUGGGAUGAAGGAGAGCUCAUGGAGACUCUGCACUGCUGCCGAAGUCGAGCAGGUCAAGAUCAUCAUCUCGGUGAUCCCCAUCUUUGCAUGCACCAUCAUCUUCAACACCAUCCUGGCGCAGCUGCAGACCUUCUCCGUGCAACAGGGGAGCGCCAUGAACACCCGCCUCGCCACCUCGUUCCACGUCCCCCCUGCGUCGCUCCAAGCCAUCCCCUACAUCAUGCUCAUCGUCCUCGUGCCGGUCUACGAGACAUGCUUCGUCCCCCUCGCCCGGAAGCUCACCGGGACGAGCUCCGGGAUCACCCCCCUGCAGCGCAUCGGCGUCGGCCUCUUCGCGGUCACCUUCUCGAUGGUCGCCGCCGCCGUGAUCGAGAGGAAGAGAAGGGAGACGUACGUCGACUCCGGCGAGCUGCUCUCCAUCUUCUGGAUCGCCCCGCAGUUCCUCAUCUUCGGGGUCUCCGAGAUGUUCACGGCCGUCGGCCUCAUCGAGUUCUUCUACAAGCAGUCAUUGGCUGGCAUGCAGUCCUUCUUGACAGCCAUGACCUACUGCUCCUACUCCUUUGGGUUCUACUUGAGCUCCCUUCUCGUCUCUCUCGUGAACAAGAUCACAUCGAGCUCAUCCAGGGAUGGCUGGCUCAGCGACAAUGACCUCAACAAGGACAGGCUCGACCUCUUCUACUGGCUGAUGGCUGCCCUCAGCCUCCUCAACUUCCUCAGCUACCUCCUCUGUUCAAGAUGGUACUGUAGCAGCCAAUCUCCAUCGGCUGAUCUACCACCAGGUCCCCAUGGAGAAGACAUUAACCACCUCAACUUCACUUCCUCCAAGCACGUUGCAGCCGAUCAGGACAUUCUGUAAAGAGCCAUCACCUCUUCCAUGAUUCUUUAUCUGUACUCUUGAGCUUGCAUCAGGAUAGGUAAAAGAAGAGGAAGCAUGAGAUGAUCAUGUCGAUUCCACACCAAAACACUUAGUGCUGGUAAACUUUUUCUUUGUUUAAUGCUUGGCUGUGAUGCAUCACAC